AAAUAGCACAUGUGAUUUGUUAAGUAUUGUUUGUUGUUUUACUUUUUCGGGUCUGGACGCUGGACUGAACUUGAUGUUACCCGGGCGUGGUGCAGCUUCGGCUCAGUUUUAGUAACUUGCACUGCUUUCUUUUCCAGGUACGUCAUGGGAGUGGUCUCAGGCUGGCGGGCGCGGCAGGCGGUCUGGGCGCAGUCGCGGCGGAGGCGUGGACGCGGUGCACGUUGUCCUUCGGGCCGUGGCCGCGGGGGCCGCGGGCGCGCACCCCUGCCCCAAUUGCAGCGCGGCGUACAGCCUCAAGCGCAAUCUGCAGCGCCACCUGCGCCUGGAGUGCGGCCAGGAGCCUCGCUUCCAGUGCCCCGUGUGUGACUACCGCAGCAAGCGCCGGAACAAUCUCCACAACCACGUCCUCCUCCGCCACCCCGACACGCCCCUGCCCGCGAUGUGAUCUAACUCUCUUGUUACAACUGAAAUAAAAGAAAGAAAGAAGCAGAAAUCGGCCAUUGGCUGUAUGGCCUCGCCCUCCCGGUCCCGGCAUGCGUGUGUUGUAAUGCCCCUGGCUGUGUGCUUGUGUGCGAGUGACUGUGUGAAACGUAGCCGUGGGCGGCGGCGGGGAAGCCUAGAGUCCGAGCUGCAGAACGAGUGGGGCCGGUGCCGCUGUCUGCGUGGCUGGAGCAGAUCCAGGGCCGCCGGGUGAAGGCCGACGUCGACGAGGGCGUGCCCGCGGCCAUGGCGGUGCUCGCGGCCCGCGGCCCGCACCCCGACUCGCGCGUCGGCGGCGGCGCGCUGCUCGACGUGGACGGCAUCAUCAACCGCCUCAAGAGCAACAUGCAGUCGUCCGUGCGCCGGCGCCAGGCCGAGCCGUCCUUCGACUGCAAGAACUGCGGCAAGAAGUACACGCUGAAGAACAACCUGCUGCGCCACACGCGCCUCGAGUGCGGCAAGGAGCCGCAGUUCCCCUGCCCCUUCUGCCCGCACCGCAGCAAGCGCAACGACCGGCUCAUGCAGCACGUGUCCAGCCAGCACAAGGAGCAGCUGUACGCCGGCCGGGUCGAGAUGCCCAUCCUCCAGUGAUCCGCGCUUCUAUUACUCACAAUUCCCCCCCCCCCUUUCUUUUUCUUUCUUCUGCGUAUAAUUUAUUUUGUGUGUGGUGCACUCAUCUAUAAUUUUUGUGUGUGCACAAACAAUAGUGUUUUUUUUUUGUGUGUGUUGAAGUAGUCAUAGUCCUUUGGUGUGAUGGGCUUAAUUUUAUUAUGAUUCCACUUGAUAUGCACUCAUACCAAAGAUUUUAGAAAUGUAACCA